AUGACACGCUCUGACCGUCGGCCGGAACUCUACGCAGCUGCUCUGAUUCCGUAUACUGCCGCAGCGGUUGCGCUGGUACUACGAAAUGUUGCUCGGCGGCAUACCAGAGUUACUAUGGUAUGGGAAGACUACCUGUCCAUAGUUGCCUUCACGAUAGGGACUGGGUUCACCUUCAUCAGCCUCUUCAAGACACGAUGGGGGUUCGGACUUCCAAUGGCAGAUAUCAACCUUCCUGAGGAACAAAUUGUACAUCAUUACUUCGUAGAUCUCUGGGCAGAUAUGUGGUUGUACACCUUCUCCGUCGGCCUCAGCAAGUUCGUCAUCCUCGGCUUCUACUGGCGGAUGUUUUCCCUGUCGAUGAUACGGCAGCCCAUUCGAAUUCUCUCUGUACUUUCAGCAGGCUGGAUUAUCGUGAGAGUCACGCUCAUCUGCAUGCAGUGCACACCGAUACGCAAAUUCUGGGAUGCAACCGUUCCCGGCACAUGUCCGUUAACACCUAUGAUGUCGCUUUUCGGCGCAGGGAUACCGCACUUCAUCAUCGAGCUUUUUAUUCUGCUCUGCCCCCUGGUCGAGAUCUGGAAGUUGCAUUUACCACUCAAGCGCAAGCUCGCAGUUGCAGUCAUGUUCAUUGCAGGUGUUGCGGUGUGCAUCUCAGCCUUGAUGACAAUUGUCCACACCCUUGCGCUCGAUAAGAAGAUGGACAAGGACCUUACGUGGGAUGGCCUUGAGGAUCAGAUAUGGGCAGUCUGCGAUGUCAAUCUUGCGUCGCUUGCGACAUCACUCCCCCUCCUCCGCCCCGUCUUCCGCUCAUUCGGCAGCUUCUUCAGUACAGUAAAAGCCACUACCGUACCAUCCCAGAACUACAAAGGCACCGGUUCAGCACCAACAUACGGAAGCACACCUAUGAAACGCGGAAGCAACCCCGACUCAGACUCAGAAGUGUGCUUCGCCAACGAGGGCGGCUUCAUGGCUGGUAGCAAUCUCGCUGGCUCGAGCAAGGCUUUCGUGAUGCACAACAUUACGCCCAGGGAUUGUGAACUAGGGGAAAGGGGACGGCAGGGGAUACAUGUGAGGAACGAGACGAAGAUUGUGUAUCAUGAUGCUUAG